AUGAAAUCAAAAUUAAUUUGCACAAAAAAGAAUGUCGUUAAAGCGACAAUUGCAUUUGCAGUUUUCUUCUGCCUCUUCUCAUCAUUUUGGUUUUGUCCACUGAACGAGUUUAAUUCCAUUGACCAGUGUGUGUACAACACAAAUGCAAUUUAUUAUUUUUUUCUUUUACAAAUUCAUGCACCAUUACGUUUGAUUCUUGUUUGUGUGAUCCCUGUGAUUACGAUGGCAGCAGCGAAUAUUCGACUGUUGAAAAACAUUCGUCAGUCUCGACGACGAGUAGCGGCCGAAAUGGAAGGUACACACACAACAUAUGAGCAACAGCAGCAGCAGCAAAUACAACAACUGGAAACAACAAUAUCUCAGCCAGCAAGAAGUGGAAUCAGGAUUGAAAAUAUUUUGAAAUUACGUCGAUUGAAUGCCAUAGAUCGUAUGUUAAUAUUGAUGAUGAUUACCAAUGUGACAAUGUAUGUCGUUACACAAGUCCCCUAUCAUAUUUACGCCGUCAGUCGAGGUUAUUAUCAAGGACUCGAUUCAUAUACAAAUUCACUUGUUCGAGCUUUGCUCUUGAUAUGGUCGUCGUUGUAUUUCGGACUCGGCUUUUAUCUAUUUUGUUUAGCUUCGCCGCUAUUUCGACAAAAAUUUGCUAAAACUGCACAUGCAUUAAAACUAUAUUUCUGGCGAUAA